UCAUUCACACACACAUACACACACACACACACACACACACACUCUUUCUCUCUCUCUCCCACUUUCUCACUGGCUACACAGCUUUUGUUAGUGCAUUCAAAUGGCAGAAGCUAUCUUCAUAACUCAGGAUUUGUUAAGCUGCCCAGUCUGUCUGGAUCUGCUGAAGGAUCCGGUGACUGUUCCCUGUGGACACAGUUUCUGUCGGAGCUGUAUUAAUGACUGCUGGGAUCAGGAAGAUCAGAAGGGAUCCUACAGCUGCCCUCAGUGCAGACACACCUUCACUGGAAGACCGGAUCUCAACAAGAACGCCAUGCUGGCUGAACUGGCUGACACACUGAAGAAGACAAAACUCCAAGAUGCUCCUCCUGUUGACUCUUAUGUUGGACCUGGAGAUGUGGAGUGUGACGUCUGCAGUGGGAGAAAACGCAAAGCCGUGAAGUCCUGCCUGGUGUGUCUGCUGUCUUUUUGUGAAGCUCAUGUUCAGAUUCAUGAAUCUCCUGCCUACAAGAAACACAAAUUGGUCGAGGCCUCCGUGAAUCUCCAGGAGAAGAUCUGUCCUCAUCAUGACAAACUUCUAGAGGCAUUCUGUCGCACUGAUCAGAAGCUCAUAUGUCUUCUGUGCAUGGAUUCUCACAUUAGUCAUGAGGUGUCUUCAGCUGAAGCACAACGAAAUGUGAAACAGGCCCAGUUGGCAGACAUCCAAAGGCAGAACACAGAGAGAAUCCAGCAGGGAGACAAGAAGCUGCAGGAGUUAAGAGAGACUAAGGAGUUUCUCCAGCACUCUGCACAGGCAGCAAUGGAGGACAUUGAGAAGUUGUUUACUCAGCUGAUUAAGUCAAUUGAGCAAAGACGCUCACAGCUGAAAGAGCUGAUCAGAGCUCAGGAAAAAACUGAACUGAAUCACAUUGAAGAACUCGUGAGCAAUGUGGAGCAGGAGAUCGCUGAUCUGAGGAGGAGAGACACUGAGCUGGAGCAGCUUUCACACGUAGAUGAUCAUAUUCACUUCCUCCAGAUCUUCCCCUCUGUCUUGGUUGUUCCUCUGGUUACUGACAUAUCCAGUAUCAAAGAAAAGCCCCAGUUUUCUUUAGAAUUUGUGAAGAAAAUUGGCUCUGAGAUGCUCAAACUAACCCAUGAUGACCUGAGUAAUCUUGAAGUGGUCAAAAGAUCUGGAGUUUGCCGUAUCUUGCCAGUGGAACCAAAGACCAGAGAGGAGUUCUUGAAAUAUUCCUGCCAGCUCACACUUAACCCAAACACGGCAAACAGAAGACUUACGAUAUCUAAGAGGAACACAAAAGUAUCAAUUAAACCUCAAUCAUUGGAUGAUUUUGUAAUGUCAUUGAAUGCUGAAUAUGAGGUCACAUGCAGUGAGGGUCUGUCCAAAUGUUGUUAUUGGGAGGUUGAGAGAAAAGGGAAUGUUUCAGUAGUGCUCUCUUAUAAAAACAGCAAGAACAUUAGUGGAGAUGAGGGUUGCUCAUGGCGUUUAACUGCCUCUGGUUCCAAAUUCUACUUCAAUGAUACCUACCUCAAUCAAUCUCAUACAUCAUCCAACAUAGGAGUAUAUCUGGAUCACAAAGCAGGAAUUCUGGCCUUCUACAGUGUCACUGACAAAAUGGAGCUCCUCCACAGAGUCCACACAACGUUCACUCAGCCCCUCUAUCCCCGGUUCAGACUAAAGAAUGUGGACAGUUUUGUUCGAGUUUGUGAUCUCUGUUGAUCGGAGCUGGUGUGAGGUCGCACGUGUCUUCUUCCAGUGAGGCUCUGAGUAGGUCAGCAGAGUGAGAGGAGCAAUCUCAGUAAAACCUUCCUUCUUUUCCACACUACCCCACUGACCUCACUGGAAUACAUGCAGUUGAGUGCAACGUUUUGGUUUUUCCUGAGCAGCUACAGUAACGUGCUGUGAAAGGUUCUCGUCUGAGCUCAGAUUCCACCAAGGAGGGAAGCGAUGUUCUGUUGACUAGACAUAGAUGUUUUUAGGAUCUUCUGUUGGUAAAAAGUGUGUAGAAAUUGUUACAUUGGCAGAAGGUGGCAAUUGUCCCAAAUGGCACUCUGUAGUUGCCCCUGCAAGACUAGAUAUCACAUGGCAGCCUCUAGAUAACCUAUCACUGUUAUCUAAACAUGAAACUUGUACACGCUUCAAUUUUUGCAGUAAGAGACUUGUUCCAAUAUUCUUUAGACUAUUUCCUCAUAAUCACAAUUUCUGUAAACAUCAUCCAUGUGCCAGCAAAUAAAAUGUAUUUGACUUGA